UAUGUAAUGUGAAAUUUUAGAUUGGAAAGGUUAUUUGGUUUAGGCAAGCUUAGGAGUUCUAUCAUUUACAGUAUUAAUAAGUAUUAUUGUAAGUGAGUAAUAGUAAAAAGAUAUUUUGAACGACCAAAAAGAGUUUGGAAAAUAUUUUUAAUGGUAUUAAGAUGAAAAUUAAAUAAUAAGGACUCUUCAAAGCAAUUGUUAUCAGCAUUGUUAGCUCAUAUUUUAAAUGUAAUAUUGGCAAUGGAAUUAUCUGCAGAAACAGAUGAGAAUGCAUGUAUCUGGUAUUUUAUUACUUUUAUGUUGGAUUCAACAAUUGGUGUGCUAUUAAUCUUUUUGCUCAUGAAAUCAUUAAAUAUGAUUUUUACUUACUUUGAUAUGAGAGUAUAUAGAAAUAUUAAUUAUUCAGAGAUUACAAAGUGGUAAUUAUUUCAAAAUCUAAGAGAAAGUAAGAAUUGAUUGGAAGAUGUAUGCAUGUCAAUUAUUUGUAUGGAAUUCAGUUGUAAUUGUUUCUAAAUUUAUUUUGUUUGGAUUCUAAGAAUUAAUUGCAGACUAAUUAAAUGAAACAGGUUCUUUUCUUUUAUCUCCUAUAACAAAUCCUGAAUUCCUUUUGGUAUUUGUUAUGAUAAUCAUUCCUUUUAUUAUGAAUGCAAUAACAGUAUUUUUAAAUUCAUUAUUUUAAGUUUUGGAUUUAAGAUAAUAUACUCAAGAAAUCUGAUUUUAGUAAUUAAGAGGAGAAAUAAUUAUUAAUUGGAACAUUCUAUGAGGGAACAUUAAAUGAAUAGUUUACAUAAGAAUUAGUUGUUUUGUGA